AUGCCGCUGCAUGGCCCGCGACCCGCUCCUGCUGAGCGGGCGAGCGUCACGCCGCACCCUCCCGCAUCCAGCCUCGACCAUCCUUCCGCUCUUCGAUCGCGGUGGACGUUCCUCGACCGGCCUACACCUGAUCUGAGCUUGUCUCUGAGCGAUCCAAGCGGUGCAGACGCUCACGAGUCGCGACCCGAAGUUGCGAGUGGAUUCGCGGUCGACUCGAAGCGCGACUCGCGAGGUCUGGCAGAGUCGGAUGCGGCGGCCGUGUCGGUGGACGAGUUUGGACUGCUCCGAGCGGAUUUGGCAUCGCGGUAUGGCCAGAGCAGGGCGACAUCGUACGGCUCCCGAUUCCUCGCCGUUGAGAACAGCUUCAACCGGUCAGGAUCCUCAGCACCCGACUCGUUUGUCGACCCGUACAUGGCGCCACCGCGACCCGCACCCACAGGUCACGAACCUACUUCCCUCCCAUACGCGCCUGCGCCUUCGCGUUCUACGCUGCUCGACCUCGCCGGUCGUCCGCUUCCCGUCGAUCCUCCAGCAGUCGACCCAUUCUCCUCCGCCGUUGCGCGACAGCCCAGCCUCACAGCGAAGCAUGCGAAGUGGCGCUUGAGCGCUGCGUCAGCCCUCAGCCUGCCGUUCAAGCGUUCGCAGGAGGACUUGACAACGGGAUCGCCCUCUUCGUCCCGCGGGUACUGGGACACGAUGCUGGACCUGACUGCAUCGACAUCUGCGUUCGACUCGUCUGACCCGCCAGAUACAAUACAGGAGCGUCCAGGACCGCGUCCCGUCCAGGCGCGACCGGCCAACCUCGACAUGCCGUCGUUGCCGCCGAGGAGCUACUCUCCCGAGCCUCUUUCGGCCAGUCAACGCCUCAGCGCCGCCAGCCUUUCUUCGAUUUCGACGAGCGUGCUAGAGUUCCCCGAACUGCUCGAACGUGAAGAAGGCUUCUAUCACUUCCCGGUCUCGCCCGCACGACCACGUCAGUCGACGACUUCGCCCUUCCACUUCGCCGAAGGCAGUGCAGGGACCGACCUGUCCUUCCCUAUCCCGCCGACUGCGACUAUCGCGCCUUCCUCUAUCUUUGACCGAGCAGCAGGCAGCUCUUUCCAUGACUCGCACAUCCACGCCCUCACUCCUUCGCCGACUUUCAGUCUGCCGUCCUCUGCCCCGCCACCGACCCCUCCGCCGCCUCUACCCGGGUUUGUCUCCGUCCUCUUCGACCCGAUCGCUCUACCGCAGGGCGAGCUGCCUCCGUCAGAUUGGCGCAAGUCGCACGUCCGCCAAGUCGACUCGGUCUCGUCGUCGAUCGCUGCCGCGCCACUCCGACAGUCGCUACGGCACCGAGCCUCGGGCGCUCUACAGCUCGAGAAGGAGGCGUCGAGUCAGGACGAGAAGAAGAGGCGGACAACGGACUGGCUCGAGGGUGUCGCGGCGACGUCGGGCAGCUCGACCAGGUCGAGCAAGCUCCGCUGGGCGGAUCGAGCUGGACCUGGAUGGGCGCUCAAAUCUGAGAAGCGACCGCGAGGCGAUUCUCUGCAUCGUCGACGGGUCGUGAAGAAGCCGUCACUAUGCGGCUCGCGAAGAGCGCGCAUCGCAGCAGCCGUCCUCAUCGUCGUUGCGCUCCUGCUCGUCGUCGGGCUCGCAACGGGCUUGACCCGCAAGGCGGCUGCUGCGGCGCUCGCGAAGACCUGCAGCUGCCUACACGGAGGUAAGGCUGAGCGGACAACGGACGGACGAUGCUCGUGCUCGUGCUCGGCGGGAUGGGGCGGAACGAGCUGCCAUCUCGACGCAACGUGUGUGAACGGCGUUGCACAGGGACUGCUCGAUGUCGCUGCACACUCUUCCGACCUGUGGCAGCCAAUUGUCGACAUGGCGCGCUUGCCGGACGUUCUCAAUCGGUACAUCUUGACGACAUCCUCCGACUCGUGCGCCAGCCAACUCGCUCUUCUCGAAGUCCCGUCUCUCUCCCUAUCGACUUAUCCGAACCGUCUCGCCUGGACAGAGGCCGCCCUCGUCCACACUCUCGCCCUCACCGAGUCGAACUCUUCGCUCUCCCAGCUUCGCACCUUCGCCUCCGGCCUCGACUUCGCCCAGUACGGCGACGAGCCCGCUUCGAAGCCGAAUAGCAACUACGAAGCGAUUGUUGGCGGCUACACAUGGGACCUCGCCACGAUGCAGCGGACGGUACAGAAUGUCUCGUGGGUUGCGGCGGUCAAGCCGGACGCAGCGACAGCCGCGACGAUAGCUGCAGCUCCUCAACCCGCAGCGGCGCUCGACACAGUCACCAACAACGCCAUUGCCGCCAGCAAGCAGCGAAGUACCGCCCUUGCGCACUACUGGAACGACACGCUCGGGUUUUCGCCCGCCCAGCUCAAGGCAUUUCGACAAGCGGUCCAGGCGGCCGAUAUCGCGAUCCCCUUCGACGCCAGCUCGACGACGCUGCAAAGCACAGCGCAGAUGAGCUUGCCGCUUGCGAUUGCCUGCCAGCCGGAUCUCGCUGCCGAAGUCGUUGCGGAAAUCGACGAGGUUGAAGCGGGUGUCUUCGGGCUCGACAACGUCACCACCGCUGAGAACACGACUUGUCAGGACCGCCCGGUUCACGGUCUUCUCAACCUCCUUCACCUCACGCAGCCAUUCGCCUCAUCCGACACACGAUCGAACAUCCCGCAGCAAGCGGUCGUCUUGUCGAGCUCGUCAGCUUUAUCGGACCGCACCUCGGUCCACGCUGGCGAGACCCUCGUUGCGGGUUCGUCCGCAACAGCUUCUACGACAACUUCCGCGCCCGUUUCGAUCGAGCACUUCGGGCUCAUCUCAUCCGCGACCUCCGCCAUCGACCACGUCCUCUUCGACUACCUGACCUUGCUGCCCGUCUCGACCGCGCAAGCCCUCGUCAACUACGUCCUCUCCUCAGCCACCUCGCCUCCGCCCUCCUCUUCGCCUCUCGUCUCCUCCACCCUGCCGCCUCUCGAGGUUCAAGCUUGGGGCGGCGUCAACGCAGCCAACGUCGACAAAGUCGUCUCCGGCCUCACCGUCUCCUCGUCGAACGACACCCUUUUCUUCGGCUCGUCGGCGGGCGACGCUCUCCGCAGCUGGGCGUUCGGCAACACGUCUAGCGCAUUGGCGAUUGAAUGGUCACUGGACGCCCAGACGAGCGGAACCCUGCGGGACUCGAGCCUUGGAGGGUCGGCGGCUUUUGAGCAGGUUUGGGCCGACGCGAAGAAGGGGAGAUGGACUACCGCCCCGCAGGUCUGGGCGGCACUCAGUAAAGCGGGACUCGUUGGCUGA